AUGUGCUCUGUUGGAGACACCAUAACCACAUCCUCCUGUCUCGAGGAGAGGUUAGAGAUCGUUUCAGAUAACAUCAAUACGGAUGGUACUGAAGCCAUUAGCGACACCCUGGAGGAUUUUAUUAGUGACGAUUCCACUGCCUCUAUAACAACCUGCUCACCCUCAACUACUGCCACCGAUAUUCUACCAGCCGAAGGUUAUGGGAUUGCUACAUGUACUGGGGUCGCAAGUCAAAUACAGCCUGCCUCCAAGGCAAGUCUCUCUAAAGGUCAAGAUAAGAUAAUGAUGAUCAGUUCCUUAACUUCCUAUGCUUUCCAGGGCGUUUCUCCUCCCUACAGCAGCUACGUCGAGAGCUUGACACCAGUUUGGAUUGACCAGCUUGGAUUGGUAUCUGCACAAUGGUUUGACUAUCCAUCAUAUGGCCACUCAGCUGUAGGAGUCAAAGGCAUAUAUGGAUGCACAGCAGUCAUCAUAGCAUCCGAAAAGGGUGUUUACAUUUCACACAUUUGGGAGAGCCCUGUGUUUGUUGAUGAGGCCUUCAAUCCAACCGAUGGCAACUUGUUCACGAUAACUGCAUUCAAUUCCCUCCGAGAUGGAACGAUAUUUGCACAAAUUGUAACUGAUUUGAUUGGAACAGACCAUAGCCCUGGUGUCCUGAAUGCAAUCUACGCACCUAAAGUGUUUGUCCUCACACCCUUCACCACAGAUUGGGAUCGACGGAACUUUGGCAUUUCCACCACAUUCAGAUAUCAAACGCGCGCCGAAGAGCUCGUGCAGAAGAUAGCAAACGUUGUUCCUGGUUCCGGUGGAAAUGGCAUCAUCCUGGGUUAUACACGUACGAGCCGGCAGGUAUCAAGUCAAGAACCAGGCAUUGCAGGAAGAGCCAUUUUGGAGAUUGACCCUUUUUACACAUGGCUCACUACACCCUACGACUCAAAAACGGCGGGCCUCCAAAUUGGUCGCUGGCGUCUGUGGGUAGAGGACCAGCUGAUUACUUACCAAGACUUCUGGCUUCCUUGUGUUACAGCUCCUGGGGUACUUCCUGACGAGGCAUUGGCUAACGAGACGUUGGUUACGCCAAGCGGAGCAAGGGCUACCUCCUAUUUUUGA